GAGCAGGAGCAGGAGCAGGAGAGGAGGAGUGCUUUCGGAGUGAAGCUGCGUACCACUUCUCAGUCUCUGAAGUAUCGCUUGCAAAGGGACCAAGAAUUCAGGGUUAAGUGUCAUAGUGUCUCAACAACUGCAGAACCAGUCAAAGGCGAAAUUGGCACAAGUUCAAAGGUCAGGGGUGACUUGGCAAAUAAGGCUUCGAGGAAGGGCCCGUCACAAGUGUCUGACUGCCCCCCCUCAUACACCCCUGAUAGAAACAGACUCAACGAGAACCAAGAUGAUGAUGAUACUGACCUGGUAGUAGAUGCCUUUUUAGACCCAGACAAAGGCCCAUCCUCCAGACCUGCUCUGGGGCUCCCAAGAGGGGCUGAGACCCCUGGGCCUAAUGGGUCAGCUGGAUCGGAGCCUGUCUGGAUGUCCAUGGCCCGGGAAAAGACCAGGAGUCUCCAACAGCAUCUCAGUCCAGAGACAGAGCCUGGGACAGGGGGGGCAGGGGGGACAACAACGCCCCAGUACACCCCAGCACCACGGCCAGCUCCAACCCCAGCCCCACAGCCUAGAUUACAACCAACAGCUCAGCCAUCAACACAACCUCCAUCACAAUCACAGCCAAGCACAAAAACAGCCUCGCAAAAACAAACAUCASCCCCAGUGGUACAACCACCAUCUCAACCAAUACCAAGCGGUAGACCAAUCCUARGGGGAAUGCAACUGACAGCUAAACUCAAAACAUUGCCUUCAGAUCAGCCUAACACACAAACAGCAUCACAACCGACACCACAAGGAACWGCUCAACAGCUGACACAACCGUCCUCCCAACCUCACAUGCCAACCAGACCAACUCUACGAGGAGRYUCUGAGAGAUCCUCCASYUCUCUGAAGAGAGCUGKGAAGAUGCCUGUGGAGAAAUGGACAGAAAGAGCYCUCCCGACUGGGACUAUGGAGGAAUCUAGCAAUGGUCAAAUUGAGAUUCACAUCGCAAAGCAUGAGAUACCUUCUUCAUCGUCAUCAUCAUUGUCACACCGGGGUCAGCCAACCUGGAUGGAACUUGCCAAGAGGAAAUCUCUGGCCUGGAGUGACAAGACUAUGGACUAAGAGAAAUGCACGUGGGUGUCUGUGUGUGUGUGUGUUUGUUGUGAGGGAGGUAAAGGUGUUCCUAAAGAGAGUAAGAAGACUGAAAUAAAAUAAUGAUUUUUUCCUGACUGUGUUACUUGAACCUACUGGAUWCAGAGUAUGAGUUUAAAACCCAUUUCCCAUUACCGUGCCUUAUUCUUCUAACCAUUAAAUAAAUAAAAAACGACUUAUAUUUCACGUUGGCCAGACUGAUGCUAAACUAUUGCAUAUAACAUCACUAAACCAAGAGGUCUGGACUUUUAUGGCACAAGAGGGCAUACUCUUGUCCUGUAACUUGUUGGUUGCUGGUUCAAACUCUGCUUCAGUUUUUUCACUGCUUUUGACAUAUCACUCCAUGCUAGAUCCCUUCUAACUACUGUCUCAAAGUGUUGUCUGGAAUAAAUAUACUGUCAAUUGUA